AUGUCUGACGGUAGGUUUCCUACACCCCUAUCUCCGAACCCUUUACUGAUCACUCUAUCAGCUGAUUUUGAAGCUGUUCGAAGGCUCCAGGCCGAGCGGAAUGCCGCUGCAGCUGGGAAGAAAGGUUCCAGGACCUUUGAUCCGUCUAGCCAGCGCACUGACAACUCAACCAAGGCCUCCCUGACCGAAUCUUUUGAUACCACUUUGUACGACCGCGACGGCCCCAAUAAAUAUUCAGGUUACAACACGUCGAUUGCCGUGGAUGGCGUUGAUGAGGACAUGGAAGAUGCGGACGCUGGCCACCGUUUGGUUGGCCAGUACACCGCCACAAAAGAUCAAAUUGAUGAGUUUGCUCAGGGCAAUGGGGUCGAAGAGGAAGAUAUCCUGCUUGGACGCGAAAAGGCAGCCAGGAUUACAGACCGAGAGACAGAUUAUCAGAAACGUCGGUUCAAUCGAGGGGCCUUAACGCCUACGAGGGCCGAUCCCUUUGCCGCGAACACCCACGCGAGUGUGGAGAAGGAGGGCCAGACUUACCGUGAAAUCAUGGCUCUGCGUGAGCUCGAGAAAGAAGAAGAGCGUGUUCAGAAGCUGAUUUCGGAACAGCAGGCUCAGGGUGAGAACGGUGUCACAGAUCAUGAGGCCACACUGAAAUUAGAGGAUAAGGAAAACGUCGAAGCCGGCUCAACGGUCGCCGUGGCGACGGGACGCAAGCGCAAGCAGCGAUGGGAUGUAGCCGGCGAGUCCGCUGAAGCCGUCUCCGAGGAAGCUCAGGCUGCCGAAGCAAAGGCAAAAAAGUCGCGUUGGGAUCAAACACCCGCUCCCGCUGUCCCAGGCGCUGCCGAGGAGGCUCCCAAACGACGAUCGCGAUGGGAUCAGGCUCCAGCACUGGGAGCCGCAACACCAGUUGGCAACCAAGGGCUUGUGACCCCCAUGCAUCCAUCUCAAGUAGGUGUGCCUUUGAUGCCAACCAGUUUCGGAACUGAUAUCUCUGGUCGAAACGCGCCUCUCUCGGACGAGGAGCUUGAUCUGAUGCUUCCAUCAGAGGGCUAUAAAAUCCUUGAGCCGCCUCCGGGAUAUGCUCCCAUCCGGACUCCUGCGAGAAAGCUCAUGGCCACACCCGCUCCUAUCGCUGCUACUGGCGUAGGAGGAUUUAUGAUGCAAGAGCCCGAGAGUGCUCGCGCAAUGGGCAAGCAACUGCCAACUGAGAUUCCGGGUGUCGGUGACCUGCAAUUUUUCAAGCCUGAGGAUAUGGCGUACUUCGGCAAAUUGAUGGAAGGAGGUGAUGAGAGCACAAUGUCAGUGGAGGAGUUGAAAGAGAGGAAAAUCAUGAGGUUGCUGCUUAAGGUCAAGAACGGCACGCCGCCCAUGAGAAAGACAGCCUUGCGUCAACUCACGGACAACGCACGGCAAUUUGGCGCCGGUGCUUUAUUCAACCAGAUCCUUCCCUUGCUCAUGGAAAAGUCUCUUGAGGAUCAAGAACGACAUCUGUUAGUCAAGGUCAUCGAUCGUGUGCUAUACAAGUUGGAUGAUCUCGUCCGCCCCUAUGUCCACAAGAUCCUCGUCGUCAUUGAACCGUUGCUCAUCGACCAGGACUACUAUGCCCGUGUUGAGGGUAGAGAAAUUAUCUCUAAUUUGGCCAAGGCUGCCGGUCUUGCUACGAUGAUCAGCACCAUGCGUCCUGAUAUCGACCAUGUCGAUGAGUAUGUUCGAAACACAACCGCUCGAGCAUUCGCCGUCGUUGCUUCCGCCCUUGGUAUCCCGGCUCUUCUUCCAUUCCUACGCGCGGUGUGUCGCAGCAAGAAGUCCUGGCAAGCCCGGCAUACCGGUGUCAAGAUUGUCCAGCAGAUUCCUAUUCUGAUGGGCUGCGCUAUCUUGCCUCAUCUCAAGGGUCUUGUUGAUUGUAUUGCAGACAACUUGAGCGAUGAACAAGCUAAGGUCAGAACCGUCACUGCGCUGGCUGUGGCCGCUUUGGCGGAGGCUGCUAAUCCCUACGGUAUCGAGAGCUUCGAUGAGAUUCUGAACCCUCUAUGGACCGGAGCCAGAAAGCAGCGCGGUAAAGGUCUGGCUGCAUUCCUGAAAGCUGUCGGCUACAUUAUUCCUCUCAUGGAUGAAGAGUACGCAAACUACUAUACGAGUCAAAUUAUGGAAAUUCUUCUUCGCGAGUUUUCCUCUCCCGAUGAGGAAAUGAAGAAAGUCGUUCUUAAGGUGGUGUCGCAGUGCGCGAGCACAGAUGGUGUGACAGCCAGCUACCUCAAGGAGCACGUGUUGACUGAUUUCUUCAAGAGUUUCUGGGUCAGACGGAUGGCUUUGGACAGGAGAAACUACCGCCAGGUGGUUGAUACCACAGUCGAUCUUGGACAGAAGGUCGGCGUCGGGGAGAUCCUCGAACGUGUAGUGAACAAUUUGAAGGACGAGAGCGAACCUUAUCGGAAGAUGACGGUGGAAACCGUCGAGAAACUGAUCGCAUCUCUUGGUGCAGCAGACGUUUCAGAGAGACUGGAAGAGCGGCUCAUCGAUGGCGUUCUCUACGCAUUCCAAGAACAGAGUAUUGAGGAUAUUGUGAUUCUUAAUGGCUUCGGAACCGUCGUCAACGCCCUCGGCACCCGCUGCAAGCCAUAUCUCCCGCAAAUCGUCAGUACAAUCCUUUGGCGGUUGAACAACAAGUCUGCCACUGUCCGUCAACAGGCUGCAGAUCUCAUCUCUCGCAUCGCAAUGGUUAUGAAGCAAUGCGGAGAAGAUGCUCUUAUGGGUAAGCUCGGUAUUGUUUUGUACGAAUAUCUGGGUGAAGAAUACCCCGAAGUUCUUGGUUCCAUCCUCGGCGCUCUUCGAUCAAUUGUCACAGUCGUCGGUAUCAACCAGAUGCAGCCACCCAUUCGGGAUCUCCUCCCUCGACUGACCCCUAUUUUGCGUAAUCGACACGAAAAAGUCCAGGAGAACACAAUUGAUCUGGUUGGUCGUAUUGCCGAUCGUGGGCCCGAGUCCGUCAAUGCUCGUGAGUGGAUGCGUAUCUGCUUCGAGCUGCUUGAUAUGUUGAAGGCGCACAAGAAAGGUAUCCGUCGUGCUGCCAACAACACCUUUGGUUUCAUCGCCAAGGCGAUUGGUCCUCAAGAUGUUCUGGCGACGCUGCUCAACAAUCUGCGGGUCCAGGAACGUCAGUCCCGUGUCUGUACGGCUGUGGCGAUCGGUAUUGUAGCCGAAACGUGUGCUCCCUUCACCGUUCUUCCGGCUCUGAUGAACGAGUAUCGUGUUCCUGAACUUAAUGUGCAGAAUGGUGUGUUGAAGGCCAUGUCUUUCCUGUUCGAGUAUAUUGGCGAGAUGGCCAAAGACUACGUGUAUGCGGUUACGCCUCUGCUCGAGGAUGCUCUCAUUGACCGAGACCAAGUGCAUCGGCAGACGGCUGCUAGCGUGGUCAAGCACAUUGCACUCGGUGUGGUGGGCUUGGGAUGCGAAGAUGCCAUGGUUCAUCUGCUCAAUCUGGUCUUCCCCAACAUCUUCGAGACCAGUCCUCACGUGAUUGACCGUGUCAUUGAGGCCAUUGAUGCGAUCCGCAUGGCGGUUGGCACGGGCACGGUCAUGAACUACGUGUGGGCGGGUCUUUUCCACCCGGCCCGCAAGGUGCGCGUUCCGUACUGGAGAAUCUACAAUGAUGCGUAUGUCCAGAGCGCCGAUUCCAUGGUCCCUUACUAUCCGGAUCUGGAGGAUGACGGCCUGGCGCGGCCAGAGCUAUCGAUUGUAAUUUAA